CCUGAGACACCGUGGGCAGGACGCCGCGUGUGUUGAUCUCCUGGGGUCUGUGUUUAUGUAUUGACACUUGUUAUUAAACCUCAUAAUUAAACAUCCAUAUAGGCAUACAGUGCGUGAUACCUUCUAGACAGAAGAUAUUUGUUCAUUUGUGAUUAUUUACUGAACAAUGGAGGAAGCUAUGGAAGAAAAUGAUGUGCAGGAAAUGCAAGGAGAGCCAGUGGAUGUUGCAAUUGAGAAGGAAGUAAUAAUUGUAGAAGAUGAACUAAGUAUGGAACAUGAUGGGGAGGAAGGAGAUGACCUCACACAGCAAUCUAAAGAUGAUGCAAAUGGAAAGGAAGGAGAUGCCAUCACACAGCAUUCUGAAGAUGAUACAAAUGGAAAGGAAGGAGAUGCCAUCACACAGCAAUCUGAUGAUGAUACAAAUGGAAAGGAAGGAGAUGCCAUCACACAGCAAUCUGAAGAUGAUACAAAUGGAAAGGAAGGAGAUGCCAUCACACAGCAUUCUGAAGAUGAUACAAAUGGAAAGGAAGGAGAUGCCAUCACACAGCAAUCUGAUGAUGAUACAAAUGGGGAGGACAAAAGUGAAGAGAGUGUGACUGAGAAUCAAAAAGAAGAAAGUUCGAAAGAUGCGAGUGACCCUUAUGCUUACACCAAAAGAGAUGAAUUCACUUCAGAGAAUUUUAAGAUAGAACUUAAAGGAUUACCUCGUUAUUAUUCUGUGGGUCAACUGAAGAAACUUGUGAAUGACACACUACAGUUGAAGGCCCAUAAGAUCAAGCCGGCUGGAUAUGGUAAUAAUUGGGUUUACAUAAACUUCAGGGAUCAGAAGGCAAGAGAGAAAGCUCUGGUUGUCCUGGAUGACUACGAAUGGAAGAAAUGUAGAUUCAAAGUAUCAAAUGCCAGUCCAGUGGCAGAUCCACUCAUAAAACGUACGGAGAAGGAAGUGUCAAAAAAGAAAGAAAAGAAAGUGGAAAUUGACCCAGAUGCCAACCUUAGUAUUGAAGAAAAAGUUUUGAAAAGUGUAUUACCAUAUGCCCAUCUGUCCUACGAUGAACAGCUCAAGUUGAAAGAGAAGGAAGCUCGUCAAGUUAUGCGAAAGUAUGGAACAGAGCUAGCACGUGUCAACCCUGAACUAGUAGAAUGGGUUCAUUGGCAAAAGUUAAGAAGGGGAGGUCAAAUAUGUGAAAUGGAUGACAUCAUCCCCUCACCAGUCACAGAUGGCUAUCGCAACAAGUGUGAAUUUUCGAUUGGUAUCAACCCAGACAACAACUUGCCAACAGUUGGUUUUCGCAUAGCAAGUUAUAAGGAAGGCUCGAUGCAUGUUGCUCCUGUGAAUCAUCUAUGCCAUCUUCCAGAUCAAAUGAAGAGAGUUGUGACAGAGUUUGAGAAGUUUGUUAGAGAUUCAGGACGUGCUCCAUUCAGUCCAUUAACACACGAAGGUUUUUGGCGCCAGCUAAAUAUUAGAACAACUCGCAACAAGGAUAUUCUCAUCAUCCCAAUGAUCCAUCCCCAAGAGAUGAACAAAGAAGAACAAGAAGAAUUGAAAAAGAAGAUCGUUGAUCAUUUUACUGAAGGUCCUGGCAAGUCAUUUGGUGUAACCUCUAUAUUCUUCAAAGCCUAUGGACAAAAGGAGCAGGGUGAAGAGAUUGAACUUGAGCACUUAUGGGGUACUGAGUAUAUAACUGAGACUAUUCUGGACAAAAAGUUCCGUGUUUCUCCCGAUGCAUUUCUUCAGGUGAACACAGCUGCUGCAGAGGUGCUCUACAAUAAACUUGGAUCCGUGGCAGAUCUUGAUGGCACUUCUGCACUUUUAGAUAUUUGUUGUGGUACUGGCACUAUUGGCAUCUCCCUGGCAGAUCGAUGCUUAAAAGUGUAUGGAAUAGAAGUGGUGGAGAAGGCAGCUGACGAUGCUCGCCACAAUGCAGAAGAAAAUGGACUGGAAAAUAUAGUAAUACUUACUGGAAAAGCAGAAGAAAACAUGCAAGUCUUGGUGCAGAGCUGCAAUAAAGUUAAUGUUGUGGGUAUUGUGGACCCUCCUCGAGCUGGCCUUAAUGGUAAUGUAGUGUUUGGUCUUCGCAAGUGUGAAAAUAUGAAGCAUCUUCUUUUUGUCUCUUGUGACCCUAAUUGUGCUUUCAAGAAUUUCAUUAAUCUGGGAAGACCACAAAGCAAACAAUACAAAGGAGAAUUCUUCAUACCCUUAAAAGCAAUCCCUGUUGACCUCUUCCCCCACACCCCACACUAUGAGUUGAUUAUACUCUUUGAACGUUGGGAAGAGCGCAAGUGGCGUCGAAUUAUGGAAGGAAAUCCACUUCCCCGUGACGAUGAGUACUUCCAGCGUGUACCUAAGAGGCCUAGAGCAGCACAAAAAUUUUCUCCGACACAGAUGGAACCUGAGAAUGUUGGAUAUGGUGAAUGGAAAUCUGUACCACAUGAGAAGCAGGACAACCGCCGUCAGGGCAACCAGAGAUAUCAUCCAUACCCCCAGCAGCGAGGUCACUACAAUGAAGAUUUUAAACAGGAUUUUGAUGAGUCAUAUCAAGAGCUUGGUCACAUUCGAGAUUAUAACCAUGCUCCUCUACGUGGGCCCAACCAAGAUCGUGGUUUCAUUCGAGAAUAUAACCAUGUUUCUGAACAAGGAUCUAACCAAAAUUAUGGACAAGGUUCCCGCCAAGAUUUUGGACAAGGGCCCCGCCAAGAUUAUGAUCGACGUUCCAACCAGGAUUUUGGACAACCGUCUAACCAGGAUUAUGGACGACUGUCUAACCAGGAUUACGGACAACCAACUAGCCAGGAUUAUGGACACGGGUUAAAUGAAGGUCGUGGACUAGAAUUUGAGAGCAGUCGUAGAGUGGGGUUCGAGGAAAGUCGUGGGCUAGGAUUUGACAGAGAUCAUGGUCUAGGACUUGAAGGUUGGGGACUAGACUUUGAGGAAAGUCGUGAGCGACGGCUUGUUGAAGACCAUGGACACUGGUUUGAUAAAAGUCAUAGGAUAGGAUUUCAUGAAGGUCGUGGAUUAGGGUAUGUCAGAAAUCGUGAACCAAGGUUUAAUGAAGGUCGUACACGAGAUCAUGGACAAGAGUCCAGCCAGAGUUAUUCACAAGGAUAUGGUCAUCAUUACAAGCAAGGCUAUAAUGAAUCUCGAAGGCAAAAUUACAGGGAAGACAAUUAUUACCGAUAUUGAACUCUGGUUUAGUGUUUUUGUAAAUGGCUCUGAGAAAAUGUUGGUCAAGAAAAUCAACUGUAAAUGCUGAUCCUGCUGAUGUUCAAAUAUAUCUUCAGUUACAUUGUAAAUAUUUUAUUACAAUAAAAAAAAACUAAUGUAGGUGCACACACAAUGAAAUUCUCGUGUGAUUCCAUAAUUAAUAUCACAUAAAAAUGUAUCAUACAAGUAAUACUGUAAUGUACUGUACUCUACAGCAAAAUGAGAGUAGCAGCUUGUAGUAUCAGUGUGUAAGAAAUAUGAAGAUGUCGGUCACUUAAAUCUUAACUUUGUGUUGCAUAGUAAAUAAAUUCAAUUUUUAUUGAUAACCAAAAAAAAAAAAGGUCAUUUUAAUUCUUCAACAUGUAAACAAGGACUCUUGAGUUGCAUAAUGAAAUUUGCUUGACAAGUUUACACCACCAGUAGAUGAUAAUAUUUACAGGUUCAUAAUGAAAAUGCAUAUAUUUUCUCCACUCUUUCAAGCAUUUUUAUCCUAUUAUGUAGGCUGGCUACAACCAAAGAGAAACAUCAACAAUACACAGACUGCCAUUCUUUAAGUAUAAUAGAUGUGUUUUGCAUAAGAACAACUAAAAAAGGUAAUUACAGGUGCUCCUCUACUUAAGAACGUUCAACUUACAAACUUUCAGAGAUACAAUCAUCACUACUGAGGGGGGUUACCUGUCAGAACACUUGUUUAAUGUGGAUGAGACUGGAUUAUUUUGAAGAAAAUUCCAGAUAGAACAAACAUUACCUAAGAGGAGAAAAGUGAGCCAGGUUUUAAAGCUGUAUUAAAGGGUAUAGCUGUACUAAAUAUCCAUAAUCUUUUAAUUUUUUACAAUAUGUUUGGUAUCUACAAGAGUAAAGUUGGACUUACAAACAAGCCUCAGGAACGUAACUCGUUCGUAAGUAGAGGAGCACCUGUACUGUAUUGUACUCAGAAAAACCUGUCAUAGUUUACAUCAAAUAAUGAUAUUACAUACUUGGUCAACAGAGAACAAAGGGGUAAUUGAGCAAAGUUUUUAGUACAGUACUAUACUAUUAAAUGUAAUAACCACAAGUCUUUUACUGUCUUUGUGAAUAGUAUUUAAUAUGACCAUCUCAGUUUAUGAGGAAUAUUACAGUCCACUGGUGUAAAGUUGAUGAACCAUUUUUAAGAUACAGUACUUUGGUCUACCAUCAAUCUCAUACAGUACUUUAACCUGAACAGCCUGAGGCAUAUGCUGUAAUGUGAAGUAUCAUUUGAAAUAAGGUACAGUACAGUAAACUCACCUUUCAUUUCCCGAGUGAUGGUAAUUGAAUGGUAAAAUAACACCUAAUUUACAAUAUUUCUAAUAGUGUACAAUACACAGGUAUAUAAUAUUUAUUACCUUUGCUGCUGGCCGUUCAGGCUAAAGUUUUGGUUGGGUAACAAGCCAAAAUGAUUUAUUUUAAAUGUAAGUGUAAAACCACCAUAGUGUUUAUGCAAGGAAAGUACAUAUUUUUAUUUUUUCAUCAUUGUUUUCAGUUCACACAUUACCCAGGUAAGUGCUGCAUUUUUACACAUGUCUUGCUGUUGCCUCUGUGCAUAUGGUACACUUAUAUUUGAAGGCACCUUGAGGAAAACAAAGUGACACUGAUUUACUCUGAAAAAUUCAUUGAGGCCAGACAUUAAUGUAACCGAGUGAAUCAUAAGUGCAUAUAAGCCAUAUGUUUUUAUACAUGUUGAGCAUCAGUGAACUGGAUCUUGAGUUAGCAUUUGCCAUGACUAGGCAUUCACACAAGAGGUAACUUGAGGUAAUUUCAUUCAGAUCUUGUAAUGUAAACUCUUAAUCCAUAUUUUUUGCAAAGUUUAAGAAUUUAUAAUUAACAUUUAAGAAACUAUUUUUUUUCCUAAAAUUCUAGCCUGCUGAGGGUGUAGGCGGAACUCUGAGGAAAUGCCAAGUAAUUGCAAUAUCAUUAAGGUUUCAUUGCAAUAAAUUUGAGGUAUUUC